AGUGAUGAGGCGCAUCAGCUGUGGUGUCGCUGUUUGUGCUUCUCAGCAUCGCCGCCACACCCUCAGAGUGCAGCAGCAGCAGCAGCAGCAGCAGCAUGACGCGGGUCGCCCUGCUAGUUUUGGCUCUCACGGCGGUCUGCCAUGCCAUCCUCCCUGAGAUCGUGCACUCAGACUUCGUUCACAUCCUCGAGGAUAACUCCGCGCAGGGACACACUGAGCUGGACCGCUUUGUAGAAGUGAAGCAACUGCCAGAGGAUCCGCAGCAGAAGCCCGAAGAUGCGUUUCACCAAAGGAACAACAAGAGUGUCAGUAUCCCUCAUGCCAAUAACCUUCCUCCAAGUGAAAAUGAAACUGCUUCUGAUAAAGUUAUUGAUAAUGAAUAUGUCCACACCUCAGAAGAACCGGAGACAAACAACAUUUCCACAUCUGUCCACUCUGGUGACCCUGGGAACAAUAUUGAAGAUGGGUGUAUCAGUGAUGGGGACUGUAUGAAGGGAAGUUAUUGCCUUUAUGACACAAGCAUCUCUAAGUGUCUGCAUUGCAAAGCAAUAGACAUGUCCUGCACUAAGGAUAAUGAGUGUUGUGCUGAGCAGCUGUGUGUAUGGGGUCAGUGCAGUCUGAAUGCAACAAAAGGAGAGGCGGGCAGCACUUGUCAACACCAGACUGACUGCAGCCCAGACCUCUGCUGUCUCUUCCACAAAGCCCUGCUCUUCCCCGUCUGCUCGUCCAAGCCCAUUGAGCGCGAGAGCUGCUUUGGUGCCUCCAACCAUCUGGUGGAGCUGUUGUCCUGGGACAUUCAGGAUGAGGGACCCAGGAAACAUUGCCCCUGUGCAGGAGAUCUCCACUGUCAGCACCUGGGCCGAGGGUCCAUGUGCCUUAAAGGAGAGGACUCGAGUGAAGAGGACCUGACGGACAGUCUAUACUCAGAGAUAGACUAUAUUAUCUAGAUGGAGCUUGAUUGCCUUGUCCACAGGGAUCCCCACUGACUCCAUAGCUUUGUUGCAAAGAGCAAUAGCACUUUCUGUUUGUCAGCUUAAUCCAAAGAGGUAAAGCUACACAGCAUGGACAAAUAAUUAAUAUAUUUUAUUUUAUUUAGCGUAUUGAGACCUGAGAUGAAAAGCUUGUUUAAAAGUAACUUGUAAAAAACGGGAAACACUAUAUUUGCAACAUCCUGUGUUACUAAGCAACACUGAUACUAUAUACUGCAUAUCUAACCCUUAUCUAAUGCUAAUCCCAGACAUACAGUUAACUGUAACACACUGUUCAAACAUGUCACCUGUAUUCCAUAGUUCAUUAGCUGAAACCACGCCGCCGAGUAGCAGAAGUCAAACCCAAAAAGAAUAAAUCUGUAUACAUGUCUGGUUAAACCUGUUUUUGGAGUACAACGAAAAAGUAUAAUUCUUGCUGCUUCGAUAUCCUAAAGUUGUUGGUAACGAAGAUGUUCCUUGUUAUUCCUGAGAAAAUGUUUUAGUUGACCUUUUUGCUUGAUCCCAGCAAUAUCUGCUCUGCUGCUUUGUUCCACAGAAGUACCGUCUGUUUUUGCCAAGACUAGGCCUCCGUUUUAUGGCACAUAAUUCAGAUGGCAUUAUGUGGACAACAAGAUGAAACACUGUCCAAUGUGGUGAUUCAUUGUAUCCAUAUUGUUUGUAUGUAUUGUUUCUUUUAAAUAUGUACUUAAUUCAGCCACACUUUAUCUCAAUUGUCCACUUUUGUCUUUGAAGACAGUUUAUUCCACUAAACUAAUUGAACUUUAAAUUGUUCUGUAGAAUAUACACCAUCAUAAUAUUUGGACCUUGUUUGAAAAUUAAACAAAUCACUAUAAAGGGUAUGGUGCAUCGUUGUAACUAUAAAAGUUAUCACAGUUUGACCCAAUACAUGUUUUACAAUUACUAAAUUGAGAGACUGCAGUCUUGUAACUAGAUUUCUGCUUGGAGCGAUGUUUUCUUCACAAUCUUAAAAGGCUUUUUAUAUAAAAAAUCCACUGCUAAGAAAAACGGUAUAUUUAAAAAGGCAUUAUUAUUCCUUAACCAUCACUUAGUAGCCUGUCGGAUCCCAUCAUGGGCACCAGUUAGUUUUAAUUCAAGAGCAAUUGUUUAACUCGUCAAGGAACUAUUGUUGAUUCAACACCUGCAUCUCCAGCUUAUGUUGCACACGUCUGUGGUGCCAAGCAUGCAAUUAGUCCCCCAAACCCCAAGUUUGUCUUCCAUGUACAGUAAAGUGACUUAUUUCAGAACGCCAGCAGGAAAUGAAUAAAAGCAAUGCCAGGUGUACAUUGUGCUGGACGUUAUCUCACAUAUAGCUGUCAAAUAUAAUCUGCACUGUUCUUAAGCACAUGAAACCCGACAUGCAGCUUGUACAAGUCCUACCUUUGGAAAAAUAAAUGUUUUUCGAACACC